AUUGCCCCAUAUAUUGAUGUACUGUGGUACCCAUGGUUGAAAAUAUUUAGGCUGAUUGAUUUUGGUGCCGACAAAAUAAAUGCAGUGGAUGCAUAUGAACUUAAGUGCUGGUAUGGUGUCCUUGGAGACUUAUUCAUGCUUUUGUGUGCAUGGUAAUUUUAGCACCUACCCUUACCUUACUUUUAGUAUUCAGUAUACGUUAGUCGUUACUGAAGCAUAAUUCUAGUUUGCAUGUCUCAUGUAAUAUAAUUAUAGCUUUAAAAAAAUGUUCAAUUAUGGACUUUCCAUAAAAGCUAUUCCAUGCACUUCAUAUUUUUCAUGGGAUUGGAAAUAAACAAGAUGUGUUGCAUAACCUAUUUUAAAAAAUGAUAAUAUUGAUAGUAAUAGUGAUUAAAUUGUGCAUGCAGCUGACUUUCAUAUACCACUUUCAUAUAGUCUCAGAAAAAGGGAAUGAUGGCUCGCUGCAUAUUGCAAAAAGCUUUCAGCUGAAAGAGAUCGUUUACACUGAAUGCAGAUGGCCAAUUAUUUUAAGAAACUCAUGCACAUUAUUAGGUAGACUGAAGAACCUCUCAGCUUUAGAUGUUCUAUGGGAGUGGAUAUUACUAAGCCGUGUGAAUCCCUGUUUGCUUCAGGGCGAGAUGUGUGACAGAGGUGGCAUCGAACUCUUACAGUCCACGAAGGCAAAUGGGGUGAAGAUCACUGGAAUGGCAUCCACCACUGGAGCUCACUUAGUGGCUGCCUGCUAGCAUUGCCACUUUGGGUCUUUUAGGCACAGAUAGCCUUGGUACUGAACCUUUCAGGCUGCUAAGAGAUCAAAAUUACAACAUGCCAUUUUUAUUUGCAUUGCAUUAGCUCUUGACCUAUUGACUGUACCACGUACACAAUAAAAUCAUUAGUGAGGAAGGAAGACAACAGCAGCCUAGUGGUUCAGAUGACCCUUUUCUGUCACUUUCCUAAACAUAAAUAUUUUAAAGUACACACAUGUAAUGAUCAUAUUAUAUUCUCUUUUGUUCCCACUCCCCUUAUCCUUACAACUUGCAAUGUUACGCCGUCCUCCUCAUGAUGUUCUUCUAUCGACCCUGCUUAGGAUGAGACCAAGUCAAUAAGUUCCAAUGGGCAUGAAGAACGGAGCAAGAAAGACCUGAAUGGAUUAAAUUGAAAAUCGCUGAAAAAGAAGAGCAGAAGUCGUAGUAGAAGCAGGGAGAGAAAGAGAAGCAAGAGCCGUGAGCGCAAAAGGAGCCGGAGCCAGGAUAAGAGUCGUGAACGCAAGAGGAGCCGGAGCCGGGACAAGAAACGCAGUCGCAGCCGAGAGAAGAGACGUAGCCGUUCCAAGAGCAGGGAGCGUGCAGGGCGCUUCAGACCAGCCUUGUAUGUAUACCAGCUCUGGUUUAGGCCUCACAUUUGUUAGUGUUUAUCUAAAUAUUUUUCCUUUUGUUCUUUUUGGUGGUCCUUAAGUUAUUAUUUUUUACAAAAAUGUUUUUGAAAUCAUUUACACAAAUGUUUCCUUCACACUCAUUCACUCAAAUAUAUAAUUAUGCCUGCUUGGCUCUCAGUGAAAUGAUAAAGUUAUCAAAUUUAUCCUGAUGUUUCUAAAUAAAUCUACAAAGUUUCAUGAUGACCAUUGGCAGUAGAGCGGAAGUAGUCGUUGCUGAGAUAAACCUUGUUUUUAAAUCACAGUUCUGGCCUGAAAUUUAAUGGUGGUCCCAGGGGGAAGACUGGCCCACCGCCUGUCAUCAAACUAAGCCGGAAAAAGUCUAGGAGCCGCAGCCCAUUCAAACGAGAAAAAAGUCCUGUCAGACAGCCUAUAGAUAAUCUCACACCAGAGGAGAGGGAUGCCCGCACAGUUUUUUGCAUGCAGCUUGCUGCCAGAAUCCGGCCCCGGGACCUAGAGGAAUUUUUCUCUGCUGUGGGAAAAGUAAGGGAUGUGAGGAUGAUCUCAGACAGAAACUCUAGAAGGUCCAAAGGCAUUGCCUACAUUGAAUUUGUGGAUGCCACCUCUGUACCACUAGCAAUUGGUCUGUCUGGGCAAAGGCUGCUUGGGGUACCAAUCAUUGUGCAGGCUUCACAGGCUGAAAAGAACAGAGCUGCUGCAAUGGCCAACAACCUUCAGAAAGGCAGUGCUGGACCCAUGAGACUGUACGUUGGCUCAUUGCAUUUCAACAUCACAGAAGACAUGCUCAGAGGGAUCUUUGAACCAUUUGGCCGAAUUGACAGUAUUCAGCUUAUGAUGGAUAGUGAAACAGGGAGAUCCAAGGGAUACGGCUUUAUCACGUUUGCUGAUGCCGAAUGUGCGAAGAAGGCAUUGGAACAGCUAAAUGGCUUUGAACUGGCUGGCAGGCCCAUGAAAGUAGGCCAUGUGACUGAACGCACAGAUGCCUCUACAGCCAGCUCUUUCCUCGAUAACGAUGAGCUGGAAAGGACUGGCAUUGACCUGGGCACCACUGGGAGGCUGCAGCUGAUGGCCAGGCUGGCUGAAGGCACUGGUCUGCAGAUCCCUCCAGCUGCACAGCAGGCUCUUCAGAUGAGCAACUCGAUGGUGGCAAUGGCAGCAGCUACAGCGGCUAUGAAUCCUGGAUUAAGUUUCAAUAUUAAUGUGCCCACAAAUCAACCUCUCAAUCUACCAUCUCAGCCAAUUGCCACACACUGCUUCCAGCUGUCCAACAUGUUUGAUCCAAAUUCGGAGAAUGAUCAUGGAUGGGAUGUUGAAAUCCAAGAUGAUGUAAUUGAAGAAUGUAACAAACACGGUGGAGUGAUUCAUAUAUAUGUGGACAAGAAAUCUGCUGAGGGAAAUGUAUAUGUAAAGUGCCCAAGCAUCCCUGCUGCAAUGGCUGCUGUUAGUGCAUUACAUGGACGCUGGUUUGGAGGUAAAAUGAUCAAAGCAGCAUAUGUCCCUCUGCCAACGUACCACAAUCUUUUUCCCGAGUCAGUGCAAGCUACACAGCUUCUUAUGCCUACUCGCCGGUGAUCCCUAGAGCACCCAGUUUUUUUUCGGCCUUUCUCUUUUUAAUAAUUUUGGCAAAAAUAUUAAAUUUCGAGCUUUGA